UAUUCCGUGGGAAAAUGGAGUCAGACAUCUCACAAGCCUUCCAGGAAGAACUCACCUGCUUCAUCUGCCUGAGCUGCCUGACAGAGCCAGUCACCAUAAGCUGUGGCCACAGCUUCUGUCGAGCCUCAGCUGAAGAUGAAAUGGAAAGACUUCUGAAGCAGAUGGCAUCUUUAUGGGAGAAGAUCCAAGAAAUUGAAGAGACUAUCGAGGCAAACAUGGGAACAAAAACUUUAUGGAUGGACUAUGUGACUCUGCGGGAAGAAAUGAUCAGGACAGAGUAUAGGGAGCUGCAUCCAUUCCUCUGUGAAGAGGAAGAGAAACAUAUCGAGUGCAUGAGAAAGGAAGGCCAAUGUGUUUUAGAUAAACUGAGGAAGAGUGAAGCCAUGAUCGUCCAAAAGAGCAAAGAUCUAAGAGAAAUGUUUCAGGAGCUGAUGGCAAUGUCCCAGGAGCCAUAUGUGGUACUGCUCCAGGGUUUGGAUGACAUGGUCAGAAGGAGUGAGUCAAUGCAGCUGAACAUGCCAGAAGUUAUGGAACCCGAACUCAGUGCCCUACCCAUCACUGGACUGACUGAAAGUUGCAAGCAAUUCCAGGUCCACAUUUUCUUUGACAAUGUAACCACCUCCCAUUCCAUGAUGAACCUAUUUAAUGGCUUGAGAGAAUUCAGCUCCGGACCUCACCUUGAGGAUACAUCUGCGGAUUCUGUUGGAUGCUAUUUGGCUUGCUGGGCAUCCUUGGAGUUCAUCUCAGGGAAAUAUUACUGGGAGAUGGAUUUGCAGGAGUCUGGGGACUGGGCUGUAGGGGUAUGUGAGGAUUCCUGGUUAAGGAAUACAAACCAAAUGAUUGACUCUGAGGGUGCCUUUCUUCUUGUGUGUAUGAAGGAGGGUAAUCAUUACUGUCUCCUCACCACAUGCCCUCUAUUUUGGCACUAUAUAGAGAGGCCCCUGGGCAGGGUUGGGGUGCUCCUGGAUUGUGAUCGUGGAUGUUUAAGUUUUGUGAAUGUUGCCAAGAGUUCCCUCAUAUACAGGUGCCCCCCUGGCAUCUUUAAAAACCCUGUCCGGCCUUUCUUCUCCAGUAGCCAUGAAGGGAGAACCUUUAAUCCUGCACAUUAG